AUGAGAAUUCGUUUGGGCUGGAGAGGAAACUUGAAUCUGGUCAACUGGAAUUACAAGGGCAUUUUCAGGCUUUUCCCACUGGGUUUCGCCAGUUUGAGAGUUUCAGUAAUAAGGGCGGCCGUCUGAAGAAGUGUACUCAACAAAUGUGGACACGAACUGAGCAGGGGCUUGCUUGUAAUCGGCAAGUCGUUCUUCUUCGCCAUCAGCCCAUCGAAGAGUUAUAUUUUUCUAUAUAGAGCUGACUGGAAAUUACCUUACAGUUGUCCCUCCAAGAUCACGAAUGCAUUUUUCAGCUUGAGACUUUUUGGCAAAUCUUACAUAAGCGCAUCCGAGGCCUGAAUGAAAAUUACUUUUUCCUUGUUCUUUGAAGGCUGAUGUGUCAAGAAUAGUUCCGUAAGAUUCGAAAUAUUCUCUUAUUUUGGUCUCGUCCCAUUCUUUGGGGAGCUUAGAAACAAAAAGCUUCAAGUCAGGUUCAGAGGACAUUUAUUUUUAUGCUUUUUAAGAGAACGUCAUACUUCCCAAGAUAUAAAUUCAUUAUAA